CGAAAUACGGUUCUUAGUACUCUAUGAUGUAAUGGUCAUGUUUGCUGCCAAUAAAGUUUAUUUAUGACUUGCGUCGCUACACUAUCGAUUUCAAAUUUAGCGGAUUGAGAUAAGUUUAUAUACUAAUUAUGGAAAUGAAAUUCAUUUUUGCUUUAAAUAAAUAUAUAAUUGCCAUUAAUUUUGGGACAAUACUAUAAUUUCGUUUCGGUAUUUGAAAAGCAAACCAAUGCAUGUUUUAUAAAUUCUCCAUUACCAUAGGAUCACUGUUAUUUCUGAUGUCAGAUGUUCUUUCAUUUCUUGUCAGCAAUUAGCAGACUUCCUUGAUGAAUCUCUACUUUUGAAUCAAAACUGUAGGGUAAAGGACUCUUUCGAAGAUAACGAUUGAGAUUAAAUUAUUGUCAGAUGAUAUCUGCAUCACAGAAUUUUUAUAUAAACUACAUCAUUAGUAUUGAACAUCUUAAAGACUGAGCAAAGAUGUUAUACAUAACACGUAUAGAUCAGUAGAAAUAUUUGUUAAGAGCAAUAUACAAAAGGAAGGAAAACAUUUGUGUACUGUGACGAGAGAAAGGAACAAUAUGGAAAAUGAAUUAUAUUGGAGUGAAGAUGAAUAUAAAAAAAGAGUCUGAAGAAAUGGAUUUUCCUGAUGAGGAAAAGAAUGAAAAGGGCAAAAUAUCAUAUGAUUGUGAUACCUGUGGUAAAUUAUUCUCUCGGAAAGCUGACUUAGUCAUUCACCAACGUGUUCACACAGGAGAGAAGCCAUAUCAUUGUGAUAUCUGUGGUAAGUCGUUCUCUUAUGGACACAACUUAACUGUUCACAAAUACAUUCAUUCAGGCGUGAAGCCAUAUCACUGUGAUAUCUGUGGUAAAUCCUUCUCUCGAAAUUAUCACUUGACUGAUCACAAACGCAUCCACACAGGAGAGAAGCCAUAUCAUUGUGAUAUCUGUGGUAAAUCAUUCUCUAGACAUAGUAUCUUAACUAGUCACAAACGUAUUCAUACAGGAGAGAAUCCAUAUCAUUGUGAUAUCUGUGGUAAAUCCUUCUCUGAAACUGGUAAUUUAACUAAGCACAAGCGUGUUCAUACAGGAGAGAAGCCAUAUUACUGUAAUAUCUGUGGUAAAUCUUUCUCUGAAACUGGUAACUUAACUAAGCACAAGCGUGUUCAUACAGGAGAGAAGCCAUAUCAGUGUGUUUUCUGUGGUAAAUCCUUCCCUGAAACUGGUAACUUAACUAAGUACAAGUAUGUUCAUACCAAAGAGAAGCUGUAUCAUUGUGAUAUCUGUGGUAAAUCCUUCUCUGAAGCUAGUACCGUGACUACUCACAAGCGUGUUCAUACAGUAGAGAAGCCAUAUCACUGUGAUAUCUGUGGUAAAUCAUUCUCUGAAAAUGGUCACGUAACUAUUCACAAACGCAGUCAUACCGGAGAAAAGCCAUAUCAAUGUGAUAUCUGUAGUAAAUCGUUUUCUCAAAAUAAUACCUUGAUUCGUCACAAACGCAUUCAUACAGGAGAGAAGCCAUAUCAUUGUGAUAUCUGUGGUAAAUCCUUCUCUGAAACUAGUAACGUAACUACUCACAAGCGUAUUCAUACAGGAGAGAAGCCAUAUCACUGUGAUAUCUGUGGUAAAUCCUUCUCUGGAGUUGGUAACUUAAAUGUUCACAAACGUACACAUACAGGUGAGGAGCCAUAUCAUUGUGAUAUCUGUGGUAAAUCAUUUUCUCAAAAUAAUCUGUUGACUAGGCACAAACAAUUUCAUACAGAAGUCAUAUCACUGUAAUACCUGUGGUAAAUCAUUUUCCAAGAUUAGCACUUUAACUAGUCUCAAAUGUUUUCAUACAAGAGAGAAGCCAUAUCAUUGUGACAUGUGACAGAUAAUUUGCUCAUUACAAACAGCUUAACUACUCACACGAGCAUUUAUAUGAGAGACAAAGCAUUCCAGUGAUCUUUCAUUGUUGCUUUCAUGCCUACAUAAAAUGUACCCAGUACACUCAGUAAAGUGGUCAUAUAUAUAUAUAUGAAUUUAACCCUCCAAACGCACACAAUUAUAAAAAGUAAGAGACAGCCCAAAUCUUUGAAAAGUCUCCUAACACAAGCCCGAAUACACUCAACAACCACACUGAAGCCGUCAGUGACAAUACUAAAGCUUAGUGGUAACAAAGUCAGGGCAGAAGACAUGAAGAAUAAUAAAUUCUUCUAAAGAAAUAUUUGUGUGUGCAACAAGUAUAAUACUAAAACAAAAUAUCUGUAAUGACAUAAUUAUUCAUUGUAGUCGAAGGUCACCAAUUGUAAUCAUCAUCAUCAUCAUCAUCGUCGUUUAAUGUCCGCUUUCGAUGCUAGCAUGGGUUGGACGAUUUGACUGAGGACUGGUGGACAAGGUGGCUACACCAGGCUCCAAUCUGAUUUGGCAGAGUUUCUACAGCUGGAUGCCCUUCCUAACACUAACCACUCAGAGAGUGUAGUGGGUGCUUUUACAUGUCACCCGUAUGAAGGUCAGUCAGGCUGGUUAAUGUAAUUGUAACGGCAUGUUGUAAGAUGUGAAAUAAGAAGAACAGUGGACAAAGUUAAUGUUGACUCCAGAUUUAUUUCUCAUUACUUUAAGAUAUGCCAUACCGCAACGGGCAGGUGUAUAAUAUAUAAACUACAGAGAGAGUUUUUUUUUUUUUUGUAUGUUGUUGCUGUUUUUAUGUUAGCCUCCUACUAGAUGCUAAAAAAGGGGUCAGUGGAAGAUAGAAUGAAUGUAAGUGUAGGAAGUUGAUAGAAAGAUACCUUUAUUGUUCUUGUCAAUGAAACAGCGGUGAGGAGAAUAUGGGACAAGACAACUUCCGUGUUGGUUACUUCCAUGGUUGUUACAAUUUGUUAAGCCAAACACGGUUGUCACUAACUGGAUUCUGCCUGUGGUCGCCUUCUGCAUCAUCUCGUUUUUGCCAACUCCCUUUCUUCCUACGGUGUUUUAGUAUUUAUAACUAUCACAAUAUAGCGAGAAAGAGAGGCAUACUGUUAUCCAAACAGUGAGUAGUUUGAGAAGUCUAUUGUCUUGUCACUUUCACUUUAAGUUAUAUAGAAGAGGUUAGAAGGGCCAAGUGGCAAUGAUAUUCUGCUUAGCAAAAAGCAUCUGGCAAAUGUAACUGCUGUCACUCACAGAAAAACUAUUGUUUUACCAUGAGAAAAUUUCUGUUGAACUGUUAAGUGAAAUUUGGCGAUUGAGGUUCAAAUCCACGCUAUGCCUGCAUGAUGCUGCUAUAUAUAUUUUACAUCACUGGAUAUUUUAAUCCCAAAUUGCAGAAUAGAUGGUAUCAAGUGAAUUAGAGGAAAAAAAAAAUACAGUUUCCCUUUGGAAGUUUUGGUGCCAAUGGGGUAACUAAUACAUUUCAUUUUUGUGUAGAAAGAGAGAGAGAGAGAAAUGAGAGACUACGGAUAAAGAAAGAGACUUUAUUGAAAGAGAGGGGAGACAUAAAUGAAAUUAAAAAUAUGUUACUUGUUUCAGUCAUUUGACUGCGGCAAUACUGGAACACUGCCUUUAGGCGAACAAAUCAAGCUUGCUUCCCAACCACAUGGUUCCGGGUUCAGUCCCACAUUGGGCAAGUGUCUUCUACUAUAGCCUUGGGCCAACCAAAACCUUUUGAGUGAAUUUGAGAGAUGGAAACUGAAAGACGUUGGUUGCGCGUCUGUAUUUAUCCCCCAUCACCGCUUAACAAUUGGUGAUGGUGUGUUUGUGUCCCCAUCACUAAGUGGUUUAGCCUAAGAGACCAAUGGAAUAAGUUCUAGGCUUAGAAAAAAAAAGGCCCAGGUUUCAGUUUGUUCAACUAAAAACCCUUCAAGACAAUGCUCUAGCAUGGCCUCAGCAAAAUGACUGAAACUGAUUAAAGAUAAAAGAUUAAAUAUCAAAAAGUGUCCUUCUAGCACCUGAGAUUAUUACUGGUAUUUCUUAAACUGUUUAAAUGAUGACAGCAAUUAUAAUCCCAAUGACAAAGAUGAAGCUGGUUCUGAGGCUGCUGGUUCCACCAUCUGCAAAAGAUUUCAGUGUGAUAUCAUCAUAUGCCACAGAUAUUGGUGUUGUAUCACAUACAAAGAUCAACAAUAAAACAUAUCAUUUAUAUACCCUUUGCAUUCCAACUUGCUCAAGACUGCCCUUGUUUCGAUGGUGCAAAGCCCUCUUUUUUUUUUAAAUGAUCCAAAUUGAAACCUUCCAUCAAAAUUUCCUGUUAAUUUAUGUUCGAAAAACCAGUUUAAUGAUGACAAAAUUAUUUUACUAAAUUAUUUUAUAUUUUCAAAAUUAAUUGAAACAAAGCCAGUGUAUUUCCACAGAAAUAAAGUAACAAUAGGUUUAAAAUGAUCUAAAUUUAAAGCUUCCAUCAAAAUUUCAUAGUAAUUUAUGUUCCAAACAGCAACUUAGAAGUGAUGAAGUUAUUUUACUAAAUUCUUUAUUUAAAGAUUAAUUGAAACAAAGGCAGUGUAUUUCAACAAAAAUCUAAUAACAAAAGGGUCAACACACAUCAGUAUCCUAGAUUACUAUAUCUAAAAGAUUAUAUGUUCCUCUUCAGAAGAAUCGAAACCGCGAUCCUAUGACCGCAAGUCCGCUGCCCUAGAGGCAGCAAUUUUAAUAUGAGUAAAAGAAAAAGGCAUAUCAGGGGUGAAGCAUAACGUAAGAUAAAUUAUUUUGCAAAUCAUGGUGUGGCUUACAAUGCAUAGCUUAUCUAUGCUUUUAAAUUGAACUGAAUUGAGCUUUGUAAGUGUUUGACUGUAGACUUGAUCGGUGUCUACACCAAACGCAUCAUGAAAAAGAAUGUGAACAAAAUUAAAUACUUAUAGAAGAUAGUGCAUAAAAUUUGAGAAGUAUUUUCAAUCUUUCAAUGAUGGCAGCCAAAUCAAAGGUACUGUAGUUUGAUGUAGGAUAUAAAUAAUAUGACCACUUACUUAUUGGGAAAUUUGUAUGUUCAAUUCUUAAAAAAAUUUAAUUUAACUUUUUUAAGUAUCACCAUUAUAGGUAUGGGUGGAGAGGGAAGUGCCGCCUUCCAAGCAGUUUGUUGAUAGGUGAGCAUUGCUUGAGUGAAUGGGCCUUCUCUCAGUGUGUACCUGUAAAUUGGAGAGGUACACACCUCUAUUGGGGAAUUUACUUUUUUUGACUUCCUUUCAUUUAUUUUAUGACUUUUUACAUGCUAAAACCUACACUGUACCAUCCUAAAUAUUUUCCACUGUCUCAACCCUCAAUGGCCAAUAAAGGAAUUAUUAUUAUUAUUA